GCGCUGGCCGCGCUGCACUGCGCUGUCUGGUCCAGUGUGCGCCCCGCGCCCCAGCCAGACACAACCCGAGCCGAGCCAGGCCGAGCCAGGCGCAUCCCGAGUACGAGCCGGCCUGCCUGCGGAUACCCCGGCCCACCCCGGCCCACCGCACCGGGCCGGUGCGGAUACCCCGCCGCGCCGCGCCGCGCCACGCAUCAUCAGCCGAUCUGCAGCUUGUCGCGGCGCGCCUGUCGCGGCGCGCCUGUCGCGGUGCCCCCACGGUCGCGACCCCAUCGCAGGCAGCCGCGGGCCGGGGGCCGUCGGGGGCGUCGGGGGCCGUGCGGGCGAGAGUGGCAGUGCGUCGGGCCGCCACGGGAGUGUGCGUGUGUGUGUGUGCGUAUGUGUGUGAGUGAUGGGAUGAGUGCGGGGGAUGGUCACGAUUGAGUGACCUGAUGUGUCCAAAGUGAUAUGUGAAGUGACAAGUGAGAUCAAAAGAAAGGCAUAAAAAACCAGAGGAUUCUUUAGGACCCACAGACCUGCAGCCAUGGCAUCUGGACCUGCCGUCAUGAUCGGGGCUAAUCUCCGGCUGGGCAGUGGCGGCAUGGGCACGCAGAACGUGUCUGUGAGCUCGUCGCCCGCCUUCCAGUGUCACCCGGGCGGCACCACGGAAGCCGCCAUCAUCUUCUGCCUAGGCUCGCUCGGCAUGGCCGCCAACUUCGCGCUCAUGGUGCUCAUACUAACCAAACGCCAACUCAGAAGGUGGUCACAAGGGCUGCUGUUCCAUCAGGCAGUAGUGGACGGGUGCCGGGCAGCCAUCCUCCUGCCGCUCGGCAUCUCCAUCUACUACUGCCAGCCGGUACAGAAGUGCUCGCUCGUCGAGACGGCGUUCCUGCUGCUCGUCACCGUCUCCACAGUCAACAUGCUCACCACCGUGCUCAACGACUCGCCCGUAUUCCCCAACGACGAGGAGGAUGAGACCGACCUCACGGCGCCGCUGCUCAUGGACUCGCCACAGUGCGUGCUGUUCGGCGUCUUCAUGAUCUGGUUCGCGUCCAUCACCAUUAACCUGGGCCCCACGUUCCUGAGCGGCGCCCUGGCGGCCAACUCGGAGGCGGGGCACAACGCGCCGUCCUGCCCGCUGGUGCACGGGCCGCUGCGGCACUACGUCCUCAACCUCCUCUGGAUCAUCAUCAACGUCAUCUGCGUCGGGCUCACGCUCUUCCACCUGCACAAGCUGCACCGAGACCUGACCAAGGCCAACGUCGAGGCAGUUCGGGUGGCGGGCCUCGUCACCACCCUGGUCAGCGUCACGGGAGGCGGCGGCGGCCUCGGCGGCCUCAGCGGCCCCACCAGCCAGGGCGGCCCUCCGCGGCCGGGCGGCGCGCUGGACGAGCACCGCCGCAUGCGCAACUACCUCAAGCGCAUGGAGCGCGAGGGCGUGCAGCGCGUCAAGAUGUUCCUCGUCAUCACCGGCGCCUACGUCCUCUUCUGGGGGCCGCUCUUCUUCGUCACGCUCGUGCACCACCCGCUCAUCGUCAGCCCCAUGGGCUAUGAGAUAACCCUGCACGUGGCGUACGUCCACGCCUUCGUCAACCCGACGCUGUUCCUGGUGCUGCACCGGGGACUGCGCGGCGCGGCCCUGGACGUGUGCUGCGGCUGCUGCCUGUUCCUGGCCGACUGGGUGCUGGGCGCGGCCGGCGUGGACCGCCCCCACAGCGGCUACGCGCCGCACCGCAGCCGGGGGCGGCGCGCGCGCCCGCAGGCCGGGGGCGCCGUCGGUGGGCCCGGGGGCGCGUCGCCCACGGGCUCGGUGGACCUGCCGCCGCCGCCGCACCCGCCCGCCAGCUCCGUCAGCGAGAUCUCGCUGCUCAAGCAGAAGAGCUCGUCCACCACGGACGUGGGCGUCAUGACCCAGCCCAUCGUGCCCAUCGACCACCCCAUCAUCUCCACACAGCAGACCCUGGGAGACGAGAAUCUGAUGUACGGCCAAGCCCCAUGGGGCCGAUCAGUCGACGUGGACGCAGACGCUGUGGGGCAGACUCGCGGGGGCGGGACCCCGUGCAGGCCCACGUCCCGCGUGGGGCCCAUGUCCGGCCCCCCGCCCCGGGCCGCCCCCCGGGGACCCGUCCUGGCCGCCGCCCCUGGACCCGUGCCCGCCGUGCCCAACCACAGCGGCGGGCCCGUGAGCCCGGGCCGCUACCUCGCCGGGCGCAAGGACUACGAGGACGACGAAGAGGACGACUCGGCGGCGUGCUCGUCUGUGUCCGACUGA